AUUCAGUCGAGACCAUGAGCUGGUUUCAGGUGGCAGUGUUGAUCGUGUUUUGCUGGGUAUUUCCAGCUCACGCAGAUUGGUUCGAGUCGUGUGAUCGUCAGUUUCAGCUGGCAAAUGUAGCCGAUGUUACAUUAAAUUCUCCCUUCUACCCGGCAAACUAUCCAGCGGGAAGCUCCUGCCGGUUUGUGGUACGUGCUCCACCAGGUUACACGAUCCAAGCCACGUGCUUCCUCAACAUGAUCAACCCAGGAGCCCAAUCCGGUGCUUGCACGACAGAUUUCCUGUACAUUUCCACCGAGGGUUUCGCGUCACCGGUUGGCAGUGAAUAUUUCUGCGGCAAGGGCAACGUUACGCGGCAGUCGCUGUUCAACAAGAUGACAAUCUCAUACAUUUCAUCCAGCGGUACCAACUCGGGCUCGUUCACGUGCCGGUUAAUUGUGCAGCCGCAGCAGUGCGAUUGUGGGUGGUACAAAACGGCAAAAAUCGUAGGUGGUAGCGCGGCAAGCGUUAACGAGUUUGCCUCGUUUGUGGGGUUGCUUGAUCCGUUGACGGCGAACGUCUUCUGUUCCGGGGUUUUAAUCAGCCCUCGGUAUGUGUUAACUGCAGCUCACUGCACGCACGCCAUUCCAAGCGCGAGUCGAGUAAAUGCCCUCGUUGGUGAUCAUGACUACCGGAGCGGACUGGAUACUCCCUAUUCAGCGAUCUACAACAUCGACCAGAUCAUUCCACACGAGGCGUAUAACGAACAGACCCGUGACAACGACGUGGCGUUGUUGCGCACCGUCACUGAGGUGGACUUCAAUCGGGGUGUGGGACCCAUCUGUUUGCCCUUCAUCUUCAACACGUACAGCUUCGCAGGUCUGUCGGUUGACAUUGCAGGCUGGGGGACAACAACCUACGGUGGGCCCAUGAGCACGGUCUUACUCAAGACAACCCUCAGUGUGCUCCCGAACAGCGGCUGUACGGCACCAUACGUCAACGAUCAGAAACUGUGCACUUUCGCCGUAGGUCGGGACUCCUGUCAGUACGAUUCCGGAGGUCCUCUGUACCUGCGCGGAAGCCAACGCAUGUACUCGAUCGGGAUCAUUAGCUAUGGGUCGGCAUGUGCGGCUUCAUCACCCUCAGUGGCGAGUCGCGUCACAUACCACCUGAACUGGAUCCGUCAGAAAACCCCCGACGUGUUAUAUUGCGUGAAAUAAAGACAGCUGUGCGAUUUAUUGAUAACAGUA